AUGAAGCCCACUGUGAACAAAGUGAAGACGAUAGUGGAGUUUUUCCACAGGAGCACAACAGCCACACACAAGCUCAAAUCUACCCAACUACAGAUGGGCAUGCCUGAGCUGAAGCUCAAACAAGACUGUGUCACAAGGUGGAACUCCACCUUUCAUAUGAUAAAACGGAUUCUGCAGUCCAAGGAUGCAGUCAUCUCUACCCUGGCUGUUAUGAAUGCAUCAGUUGAUCCUCUGAGCCAAGAGGAAUGGGAGGUACUGCAGGAGGCAUGCACUGUUCUGGAGCCAUUCGAGCAGGUCACUGUGGAGAUCAGUGCAGACAGCUAUGUCACAGCCUCCAAAAUGUUAAUCCUCUGCAAAGGUGUGCAGAGAGUGACAGCUGAGCACCAGACCAGAGUAACGACAGGGAAAGUGACAGAGUUAGUGGCUGCUCUCUGUGCAUCCAUGGACAGAAAGUUCCACAGAAUUGAGUAUAACCCUAUUCUCUCAGAAUCCACCGUUCUUGACCCAAGAUUCAAGAAGCUGGCCUUUCAUGAUAACAGAGCGGUUGAUGAAGCUCUCCAGAGAGUAACUGCAGCAGCAGCAAGGUCCGGCCAGCCAACUUCACUGCCAGAGGGCCAAGAGGGAGAAGAAGCAGCAGAGCACGAGGAGCCACAAGCAUCUGCUGUUUGGAGGUUCUUUGAAGAACGUGCAAGUGGCGACACUACAAGAAGGAAUCCUUCAGCAGAUUCGAUUCUGGAAGUGAGAUCCUACCUUGAGGAGCCCCUUUUCCAGAGAAGUGCAGACCCACUGAGCUGGUGGGAGACCAAGGCUUCAGUGUACCCACGCCUUACUUGUGUGAUGGCACGGAGACUAUGCAUUGUAGCAACGUCAGUCCCUCAGAGAAUCUUCUCCAAAACAGGGCAGAUCAUUACAGAGAGAAGAAACAGGAUCAGCCCCUCAAAGCUGAGGCACUUGAUCUUUCUCAAUGCAAACCUUCACUGA